GCAACUUCGUACUGUUGUUCUUAUGUCAGCUUUCAUUUCAAAUUAUAUGAGUACACUCUUUUUACUGUUUGUAUGUUCUAUUGAUUGUAUGCACUUUUGUUGAAAGUUAUUACCAAAUAUUGUAAAAAUGGCACAUUAUAAAGGAGCAGCAAGUGAAGCAGGUAGAGCCAUGCAAUUAAUGAAAAAACGAGAAAAGGAAAUGCAGGAUCUAGAAAUAAGGAAAAAAAGAAUUGAGGAAGACUUAAGACUAAACAAUAUUGAAAAUAAAUUUGCAACACAUUAUGAUGCUGUGGAACAACAACUUAAAAGUUCUACAAUUGGUUUGGUCACUCUUGAUGAGAUGAAAGCCAAGCAGGAGAAUAUUGUUAAAGAACGAGAAAAAAAAUUGGCUCAAAAACAGGCUGAGAAGGAGAGAGAGAAACAGAAACAAAUGGAGGCAAAGCAAGCAGAAAAAAAUAAACAGAAGAAACAGAUACAAGCCUUAUCAUUUUCCCUUGAAGAAGCAGAAGGCAAUGAUGAAGAAGAUGAAGAAAUACUUGAAUCCAGCCGCUUUAAGAGAUCUAACGAAGAAAUUCACAAAUCUAAUUUAAAAAAGAUUCGAAAAGAUCCAAAUGUAGACACCAGUUUCUUGCCAGAUAGAGAAAGAGAAGAGGAAGAGAAUAGAAUGAGAGAGGAACUACGACAAGAAUGGGCUGAGCAACAGGAAAAAUUAAAGGAAGAAGAAAUUGAUAUAACAUUCAGUUAUUGGGAUGGUUCAGGGCAUAGAAGAACAGUUAGGGUUAAAAAAGGAAAUUCGAUUUACCAGUUUUUGCAAAAAGUAUUGGAGUUAUUGAGGAGGGAAUUUUCAGAGUUGAAAACGGUAAUGGCAGAUCAACUGAUGUACGUCAAAGAAGAUUUAAUUUUACCUCACCAUUACACAUUCUAUGAUUUUAUUGUAACUAAAGCAAGAGGCAAAAGUGGUCCUCUUUUUCAGUUUGAUGUUCACGACGACAUAAGGCUUCUUAGUGAUGCUUCAAUAGAAAAAGAAGAUUCACAUGCUGGAAAAGUACUUCUGAGGAGUUGGUAUGAAAGAAAUAAGCACAUUUUCCCUGCUAGUAGAUGGGAACCUUAUGAUCCUACCAAGAGUUAUGACAAGUAUACAGUGUCUGAUAAAAAUAAAAAGGAUAAUAAUUGUAAAUUUUAGUUUAGAAUAAAUAUAAAUUUUAUU